AUGGCGAAAACAGCAAGCUCUUUGGCAUUCUCUGCCCAGUAUGUUGCUAUCAUACAUAGUGUUUUUUCGUUAGCAGCAUUUGUCAUUCCGCUGGGUCUAACUUUGUAUUAUCAUUAUCAUGAGGUAGUUAAAAACGAAUUUUUCUCGUAUCCAGAUGAAUGGUUUCCCUCUGUUUCAGCGACCAUCGGCGACUGGUAUCCCGAACGCGCUGCUUUUCAAUAUUUGAUCGCUCUCACAGCAACUCCUCGUCUACUUGCCCUCCUACUGUGGUUAUCUGUGACUGGUUCAAAAAAACCUUCUGCUGUGAUUACUACUUUUAUUGGUGUGCUUCGAACUGCACUUUGCGGUGGAUGGGUCUAUGUCACUUCUACAGAUGACCAUAAUAUGCACGAUGUUUUCAUGAUUAGUUACUUGCUUACGAAUAUUCCUUGGUUCAUUCUGACCUCAAAGUACUCUCCUCCCAAUGCCAAUGCUUACCGUGUUCGAAAAUGCGGCUCUUUCUUAUUCGUCGGUACCAUUUUCCCACUUAUUUAUUGGUAUAUUCAGCAUAAAUUCAAACGAAUUCCCGGCGCCUAUACAAUCUACGCAUUUCUCGAAUGGUCCCUUAUCUUCUGGGAUGUUUUAUUCGAUUCUGCUCUUUACUUUGACUUUCAGCCUCUGCGUCUCAACUUUCAUGUUGCUGAUAACUCCAUUAAGUCUAUAUCUUCAGAUAUUGUCCCCAAAUCCCAAGGGGAGGACAAUCAAUACACAUAUGCUAAGGCUGCUUCUUCAAGUCUGAAGAAAACAGGUGAAGAUAAGUCUGUUUGCUCCAAGACACAUAUCCUCUCGAGUUUUAUCCAAUUCUCUUCCGAAACUUAUCUCGCGUAUAUCUUUUGGAGCGUAUUAACUUCUAUGGGCCUUUUAAUUUGGUAUUUUCCGCUCUGGCAUAUGGGUAUUUCUGGAUAUGAAGCUUCUAUUUUAGUUGAGUUAUCUCCUUUUCUAUUGGCAAUUCCAUUUGUUAAGAAACUCACGUUUGGCGCUCCUUUGGUUCCUUUGUCACUGACUCUGGUAGGUGUUGCCGCCUAUUUAGUGACCGACCCUGUAUACAGACUUUUUACUGUCGCAUUCGCCGUUUUCAAUGGCUGUCUAGGAUGGUCUUCGCUUUUGUCAAGCAGCAAACAUUCUCCAGUUUUAUUGGAAAGACGAAUUACUACUUUUUUGCUUGGUUUAAUUGCAUCUUCUGUCGCUAAAUAUUCAUUUUUCUCGAACAACCCAAUUUGGCCCAUUCUUAACGAAAGCAAUGGAGGAAGGCAACCAGUUGCCCUAGUUUUUGGAGUUUUGGCAACUCUUGGCUUCGCCCUAUGCUCUUCAGGUUCUAAAAACUCUCAAACCUCUUCUCCAGAAAACGGUAAGAACCCAUCGUUUGCUUCUAUAUUUGGUUUAGGUUCUACUCUCUUCGCUUUGCACACACUGCUCUGUGACUCCACUAUCCUUAUUUCCUGGUCUUGGGAUGGAUAUCCCAUCAAAGGGCCCCAAGCUUAUCCUCACGGUGCCGUAUCCAUCAUCGUUGCUUUAUUAGCUAUCGUUGUGGCUCCUCGUUUGUAUAGAUCAUUCUCGUUUAUGCUUUUUGGGUUUGUGGCUUCCUGUGCUGGAUCGUAUGUUUUUUACUUGAAACAUGGUUGGCAAAGCUACCUUGGUGGUUUAGUGCUUUCUUCCUACGUGUUGAUUUCCGCUUUUCCUUCAUUCCGGUUUGCAGUAUCAUCCAGUCCAGCUAAAAUCUUUGGUGGUGGCUUCUUGGUAUAUAGCCUGUAUUCUUUUGCACAUGUUUGGGUAGUAGCAUACGAAUUCGUUCCUGGUGGAUUCAUGCUUCGCGAAAAGACCUCGUAUUUACUAAUUGCUCUUGCGGUCGGACUUUUCUGCCAAUUAUUAGGCUACAGCAGCUUCAGCUCGAAGAAACAUCCCGCCGGGAUCAACGCAAAUGCUGAAGAGACGCAUGCUAUCAAGCGUGGGUUUAAGAAAUCCAUUGUGUUAGCAGCAUGCUUAGGGUUUAUGGCAAUAAAGUAUGCUAUCAUGUACAAACCACCUUAUGAUUACACUCCUUACCAUCCCGAUGAAAAGGUAUUUACCGCCGGUAUUUGGACCAUUCAUUUUGGAUUAGAUGAUUAUAUGUGGGCAGCUGAACACCGUAUCCGGGAUGUUGUUCGCGACAUCGAGCUGGAUGUUUUUGGGCUUCUCGAAUCCGAUACUCAACGUUUAAUUAUGGGAUUCCGUGAUUUAACACAACUUUUGUCUCACGAUCUGGGCAUGUAUUCUGACUAUGGUCCAGGACCCGACAAGCAUACGUGGGGUGCAGCGUUGUUUUCCAAAUUCCCUAUCGUCAACUCGACGCACCAUUUGCUCCCAUCUCCCUAUGGUGAGCUUGCUCCUGCUAUCCACGCAACUUUGGAUGUUUAUGGAGAACUGAUUGAUGUAAUUGUUUCGCACAAUGGGCAGUACGAAAACGCGUUAGACCGUCAAUUACAAAGCACAGAGCUGUCAAGGAUUAUGAAAGAAAGCACCAGACCUUUAGUGUUCUUGGGUUAUGUAGUUUCUAAUGCGGGAGAAGAGCCUCAUACCAUCUUGACUCGUAAUAACGGAAUGCUUGACAUUGAGCCAGCUGAUUUUGAUCGUUGGUGUCAAUAUAUUUUAUACAGAGGUGUCAAACGCAUUGGAUACGCUCGACUUCAUCGUUCGACAGUUACAGAUACCGAAUUGCAAACUGGAAAAUUCCAAGUUACAUCAAAUUUAGGUGCGAAUAUUCGCAUUGCCUCUGAAAAUAUUCCUGAAACGCACCGUUAUCCUACCAAAUUUGAAGGCACAGGAGUAAAUGGACAUUACUACGAUAACAACCAAGUUAUUCAUGAACCAUGGUAUUACGACUAA